UCUUCCCGGGGAGGGCUCCUAUCCGGCCCCACACGGCAAUGAGUGAGAAGGUAGUGUGAGCAGGAAAAACGGCUCUUGCAUCUCGAGUGUUGAGCAGGCCGACAGCGGCCCAUGGACCUCUUCCUGCAGGGGCCUUGCUGUGUUCUGCAGCCCAGAAUUGUUCUCUCCAGGCGUCCCCUUCUCGGCCAGAUGGGCCACCUUGGUGUGUCCCGUGUGUGGAGUGACCUCUGCUGUGCGGUUGCGGCCAGCCUGGGAGCUCCCCGGCCGCAGAACCCUGCUUCUCAGUGUGGACCCAGGUUGUGGGUGCGGCUUCUGCUACAGCUCAGAAGCCCUCAGCACAGCCCUGCUUCUCACAGUGUGGGCCCUGCGGCAUGGCUUCCCCGGACCUCAGUCCUCUCUAGGCUGUGUGCAGCUUCGUGUAGGGCAAAGACGUUUUGGGAACCUGCCCUGGUGGCUUAGGUUUCUCUGGGUGUAAAUUGCCAGUGCAUUUGAUACAGAAUUGUGCGCAGCUCACAGCUAAGGGACCUUUUCGCCUUCUCGUCUUUGAAAGAUUUGUGUGUUCUCUUAGUCCUCCCUUGAGACCACUUCUUGCCACCCAUCCCUGACCCGCCUUGGGCUCAGGCCCGGGCUCUGGGGGAGGACCGUGAUCUGUGGGGUCCACGGUCCUGCUGCGGACGAGAGCUGAAGCCGCGGCCCUCUUGUGGGUCCAGCCCUGCACGGUUCUGGGCAUUGCUUGUCGCCCUCCCUCUGCCCCCAGAGGUGCCCUCUGUUCUCUUGACCUGUCUGGAGUGGCCAUGUGAAUCGUCCCACUCAGGAAAUCCCCUUGAGGGCUGGAGCAGGUGGGUGGUGACGCAUGUCCCCCCUGUGCCUCCCCACAGCGCGCCCAGGAGAGUAUGAAGAGAGCGCGUCCGUAGUGCAGGGAAGAUGGCAGACAAGCGCAAACUCCAAGGUGAGAUUGACCGCUGCCUGAAGAAGGUGUCCGAGGGCGUGGAGCAGUUUGAAGACAUUUGGCAGAAGCUCCACAAUGCAGCCAACGCGAACCAGAAGGAGAAGUACGAGGCCGACCUGAAGAAGGAGAUUAAGAAACUACAAAGGCUGAGGGACCAGAUCAAGACAUGGGUCGCCUCCAACGAGAUCAAGGACAAGCGGCAGCUCAUAGACAACCGCAAGCUCAUCGAGACGCAAAUGGAACGGUUCAAAGUUGUGGAACGAGAGACCAAAACCAAAGCUUACAGCAAGGAGGGCCUGGGCCUGGCCCAGAAGGUGGACCCUGCCCAGAAGGAGAAGGAGGAGGUUGGCCAGUGGCUCACGAACACCAUCGACACCCUGAACAUGCAGGUGGACCAGUUUGAGAGCGAGGUGGAGUCCCUGUCGGUGCAGACGCGUAAGAAGAAGGGUGACAAGGAUAAGCAGGACCGGAUCGAGGGCCUGAAGCGGCACAUCGAGAAGCACCGCUACCAUGUGCGCAUGCUGGAGACCAUCCUGCGCAUGCUGGACAACGACUCCAUCCUGGUGGAUGCCAUCCGCAAGAUCAAGGACGAUGUCGAGUACUACGUCGACUCGUCCCAGGACCCCGACUUUGAGGAGAACGAGUUUCUCUAUGACGACCUGGACCUCGAGGACAUUCCACAGGCGCUGGUCGCCACCUCCCCUCCCAGCCACAGCCACAUGGAGGACGAGAUCUUCAAUCAGUCCAGCAGCACGCCCACCUCCACCACCUCCAGCUCGCCCAUCCCGCCCAGCCCGGCCAACUGCACCACGGAGAACUCGGAGGACGAUAAGAAGCGGGGACGCUCCACGGACAGCGAGGUCAGCCAGUCUCCAGCCAAAAAUGGCUCCAAGCCCGUCCACAGCAACCAGCACCCCCAGUCCCCAGCUGUGCCGCCCACCUACCCCUCAGGGCCCCCGCCUGCCACCUCUGCCUUGAGCGCCACCGCAGGCAGCGGGGCUGGCAAGCAGAACGGCGCCACCAGUUACAGCUCCGUUGUGGCGGACAGCCCUGCAGAGGUGACCCUGAGCAGCAGUGGGGGCAGUAGUGCCAGCAGCCAGACCCUGGGCCCCGCCUCAGGCCCACACAACCCACCUCCCAGCACCGCGAAGGAGUCCAGUGCAGCCACCCCGACGGGGGCUGGGGGUGUGGCCCCCGGCUCAGGGAACAACUCUGGGGGCCCUAGUCUCCUGGUGCCACUUCCCGUGAACCCCCCCAGCUCUCCGACACCCAGCUUCAGCGAGGCCAAAGCAGCAGGAGCCCUGCUUAAUGGGCCCCCGCAGUUCAGCAGCGCCCCGGAGAUCAAGGCCCCUGAGCCUCUGAGCUCGCUGAAGUCCAUGGCGGAGCGGGCGGCCAUCAGCUCAGGCAUUGAGGACCCUGUGCCCACUUUACACCUGACCGAGCGAGACAUCAUCCUGAGCAGCACCUCGGCCCCGCCUGCCUCAGCCCAGCCAGCCCUGCAGCUGUCGGAGGUGAACAUCCCGCUGUCGCUGGGUGUGUGCCCGCUGGGCCCAGUACCCCUCACCAAGGAGCAGCUCUACCAGCAGGCCAUGGAGGAGGCCGCCUGGCACCACAUGCCCCACCCCUCGGACUCCGAGCGCAUCCGGCCGAGGCAGGAGGUACCCCCAGGGUCGUCCAGCAGCCCCGCCCCGUGCCCCCCCCCCGGCCCCUCCAGCUUGGGGCCCCCUGACUCUCCUCUCGGUCCGCAGGGCACCAAGGCGCAGUACUUGGCAGCCAAGGCCCUGAAGAAGCAGUCGUGGCGGUUCCACACCAAGUACAUGAUGUGGUUCCAGAGGCACGAGGAGCCCAAGACCAUCACCGAUGAGUUCGAGCAGGGCACCUACAUCUACUUUGACUACGAGAAGUGGGGCCAGCGGAAGAAGGAAGGCUUCACCUUCGAGUACCGCUACCUGGAGGACCGGGACCUCCAGUGACAGCGGCCCUCACCCACCCUCCCCGCAUGCUGACACCCCUGCCCAGGCGAGGGCCUCAUCCCGGAAGUCGGGGCGGCCCUGGCCAUGGCACCCCCUCCCCAGGAAGCAGGGCGGGCCGGAAGGUCCUCUUCCUCAGCCCACCCUGGGGGCCUGGGGU